UGAAGUAUCAGCUGAAAUAAUCCAAAGAUGUUUGUUCUGUACAAAAAUUGUAUCUUCUUAUGAUGAAAAUAGAAUAUCUGUUAUCUUCCCUAUUGCUGUUGAAAGCAUUGAUGGUGUAGAAGAAAAUCUACCUCUUAAAUCUAAUGAUCAACAAGUGGCUAAAGAACUCUAA